CCCCCCCGUUGCCACCAUGCCGGGCCCACCCUGCGGGUCCCUGCUCGACUACAAGACUGCCAAGUUCUCGCUGACGCGGAACCGGCGGGUGGGGUUGCUGCACCGGCUGCUGCAGCUGAGCGCGCUUGGCUACCUGCUGGGGUGGGUGCUGCUGCUGCGGAAGGGCUACCAGGAGCGCGACACAGCCCCGCGUGUCGCCGUGGUCACGAAGGUGAAGGGGGCGGCGGUCGCCGAGGCCGCGGGCCGGCGGCUCUGGGACGCUGCGGAUCUCACCUGGCCCCCGCAGGGAGAAAAUGUGCUUUUCCUGGUGACCCAUUUCAUCGCCACAAUCCAGCAAGCCCAAGGCAUCUGCCCUGAGAGCCCCUCUGUCCUCGACGGGAUGUGCACAGAAGAUGCAGAUUGUCCCAUGGGAAACCCUGUGGUUCACGGCAAUGGGAUAAAAACUGGGAAAUGUUUGAUGUUCAAUGCCAGCCAUUCCACCUGUGAGAUCUAUGGCUGGUGUCCUGUGGAGAAUAGCACCCUGCCCAGGAAACCUCUUCUGGCUGAGGCAGAGAAUUUCACUCUUUUUAUAAAAAAUACUGUCCACUUCACCAAAUUUAACUUCUCCAAGUGCAACACUUUACAAACCACUGACCCCAGCUAUUUCAAGAGCUGCACAUAUGAUCCAGUCUUCAACCCCUCCUGCCCUGUGUUCCGUGUCCGUGACAUGGUGGAGGCUGCUGGAGAGAACUUUGGAGACCUUGCACUGCUGGGUGGAAGCAUCAGAGUUCUUAUCGAGUGGAACUGCGACCUGGACCGCCCCGCUACCCAGUGUCAACCACAGUAUUCCUUCAGCCUGCAGGACAUGAGGUACAAUUUCAGAACUGCCUCCUACUACUGGGGCUCGCAGCAGCAGCUCUACCGGAACCUGCUGAAGCUGUAUGGGAUCCGCUUCGACCUCUCCGUGCAUGGCCAGGCUGGGAAGUUCAGCAUUGUUCCUACUGCUGUGAGCUUUGGCACCAGCAUCGCCUUCUUUGGUGCCGCUACAAUGGUCUGUGACUUGGUUCUGCUCUACCUGGAUGCAAAAGCUGACCUUUAUUGGAAGGAGAAGUUUGAGGAGGUUUAUGUGCCAAGCAUGACCAUGUGGGAAUUCACUGCCCUGGUGAAUCAGGGAGUCACAGGGAGGCCCCUACAGACCAUGAGAGCUGGCAGCCCUGCCUCAGGUCAUUUCCAGCUUUGUCUGGCCAAGUCUCUGAGGACUGAGAUCCCCCAUCUCCUGGUGAACUGUCCCAAAGCUGCACCAUCCUAUGGCGGGGGGAGGGGGGGAACUUUUCUAAUGCCUGAUCUCGACUCCAGAGUGGAGUGGGGGUCCUGGACAGUGAAUCUGGUUGCAUGGAACCAAGCAGAGUAGCCAAGGGCCACCUGAGCUGCCUCCAUGCCUGUUGUAUACUGAUGUCCCUGUUCAUUUUGCAGGCAAGACCCCCUAAAGGUAAGCCUGAGGCCACAGCUUAGGGGCAUUGGGAAUGCUCCACCACAAACACCCUUCCCUCCAGAGCCACCUGCAGGUAGAUAUGAUGGGGACAUGGCUGGAGCCCUGGUGGAGGUGGGCCAGUACUGACCCAGGUGGGCACUGCUGGGGUUAGAGUCUGCCUUUCCUGGAGAAGCACUGGCAGCAGCAGCAGUUCUUGGCUCCUGGAGCACAAAGCCAUCCCAGGGGCAGCUCCCAGCACUGACAGCUGGUGCCGAAGCAGAGCUGCCCACGGAGCUGCCCCAGAGUGUGCUGGGGAGCAGCUGGUCCUGCUUGGCACAAGAGUCUUAAAGCAUUUUGUGUUUCUCCAUGUUCCAAUAAUCAUGGGCCUUGAUUUCCCUUGAAAAACAGGGAUGCAAUGGAAUAAAGCUGUUCUGGAAGCGGGA